AUGGACUAUUGUGUAAGAGAAUUAGAAGGAAAACAAGCUCAUGAUCCUUUAUUCAUGAAGAAAAUGAACAAAGAUAAAUCAUCGUCCUCCUCGACCGAUCUUCCUCGUCGCGUGUUUGUUCAUGGACCUGUGAUUGUAGGAGCAGGACCAUCAGGUUUAGCAGCAGCAGCAUGUCUCAAAGAAAAAAACAUUCCAUCCAUAAUUCUAGAAAGAUCCAACUGCAUAGCUUCAUUAUGGCAACUCAAAACCUACGACCGACUCCGUCUUCACCUCCCUAAACAAUUCUGCGUCUUACCCUUCAUGGAGUUCCCUUCAAACUUCCCUACCUACCCUUCAAAACAACAAUUCAUAAAAUACCUCGAGAAUUACGCAGAAAGGUUUCAUAUUACUCCAAAAUUCAAUGAGACAGUUCAACAAGCGGAAUUCAAUACUAAAACCGGUUGUUGGAAGGUGAAGAGUCUUAACAGUAAAGGCGAUGUCACUACCGAGUAUGUUUGUCGGUGGUUGAUCGUUGCGACCGGAGAAAAUGCCGAGGCUGUUGUGCCUAAUAUUGAAGGUGCAGAUGAGUUUGAAGGAGUUAUAAGACAUACUAGUUUGUAUAAAAGUGGUGAAGAGUUUAGAGGGAAAAGAGUUUUGGUUGUUGGUUGUGGAAAUUCUGGUAUGGAAGUUUGUUUGGAUCUUUGUAACCAUCAUGCUACUCCUUCUCUUGUUGUUAGAGAUUCAGUACACGUUCUACCACGAGAGAUGCUAGGAAAAUCAACUUUUGGGUUGUCCAUGUGGUUACUAAAGUGGUUUCCAUUGAAACUUGUCGAUCGAUUCUUGCUCUUAGUCUCAUGGCUUUUGCUUGGUGACACUUCUCAACUUGGUUUGGAUCGUCCUACUUUGGGUCCCCUUCAACUCAAAAACCUCACGGGAAAAACUCCUGUCUUGGAUGUGGGUACCCUUGCCAAGAUUAAAGCUGGUCACAUUAAGGUAAGGCCAAGCAUAAAGAAGUUAAAACGUCAUACAGUGGAAUUUGUAGAUGGAGGAUCAGAGAAUUUUGAUGGCAUCAUAUUGGCAACUGGUUACAAAAGUAAUGUACCCUUAUGGCUCAAGGAAGAGGAUAUGUUUUCCAUGAAAGAUGGAUUUCCUAUGAAGCCAUUUCCAAAUGGGUGGAAAGGUAAAAAUGGUCUCUAUGCAGUAGGAUUUACAAAAAGAGGACUAUUAGGUGCAUCAAUGGAUGCAAAAAGAAUAGCUGAUGACAUUGAACAAUGUUUAAGAGCUGAGGCAAAACAUGGACCAUAA